UCUAACAGACCGUACAGUUAGCCGGUGUGUCGUUAGCUUAGCUCUACUGUAUAUCGCUAUUCAGUAUCACGUAACUCAUAACUGAAUGAUGACGGGUUCUAACGAGUUUAAGCUGAACCAGGGGCCGGAUGACAGCAUCUCCGCUGUAAAGUUCAGUCCCACCACAUCGCAGUUCCUGCUGGUAUCUUCCUGGGACUCGACGGUGCGCCUGUUUGAUGUUGGUGGCAAUUCCAUGAGGAUGAAGUACCAGCAUCUGGCACCUGUUCUGGACUGUGCCUUUUAUGAUCCGACCCAUGCUUGGAGUGGUGGUCUUGAUAAUCAGUUGAAAAUGCACGAUUUAAAUACAGAUCAAGACACCGUUGUUGGUACACAUGAUGCCCCGAUUCGAUGUGUGGAGUAUUGUCCAGAGGUCAACGUCAUGGUAACGGGAAGCUGGGACAUGAGUGUCAGACUGUGGGACCCUCGGACCCCCUGCAACGCCGGCACUUUCACCCAGCCUGAGAAGGUGUACACGCUCUCCGUGGCCGGUGAUCGUCUGAUUGUGGGCACGGCCGGUAGAAGAGUGCUCGUCUGGGACCUGAGAAACAUGGGCUACGUCCAACAGAGACGAGAGUCCAGCCUCAAAUACCAGACUCGCUGCAUAAGGGCCUUCCCUAACAAACAGGGCUACGUUCUGAGCUCCAUCGAAGGCAGAGUAGCGGUGGAGUACCUGGACCCGAGUUUGGAGGUGCAGAAGAAGAAGUAUGCAUUUAAGUGUCACAGGCUGAAGGAGAACGGAAUAGAGCAGGUGUAUCCGGUCAACGCCAUCUCCUUCCACAGCAUCCACAACACCUUCGCCACAGGUGGGUCAGACGGCUUCGUGAACAUCUGGGACCCCUUCAACAAGAAGCGCCUGUGUCAGUUCCACCGUUACCCCACCAGCAUCGCGUCUCUGUCCUUCAGCAGCGACGGCUCCCUGCUGGCCAUCGCCUCCUCCUACAUGCAGGAGCAGGGUGACGUCUCGCACCCGCCCGACGCCGUCUACAUCCGCCAGGUGACGGACGCCGAGACCAAACCCAAGUCGACCUGAAGUUUCUGCUGAACCACACGUCUUCAGGAACAAACUUCUGAAGCUUUUACUCUGAUGAAGUUCUGCUGGCAUCCAGUUAUUCACGAGUUCUUCACUUCUUUUCUUUUUUCCCCUCUUCUGUACUUUUUCUAAGCAGUUCAGUGUGUUCUUGUCUCUCAGUGUGUGUGUGUGUCAACUGUGGAUGAGUGUGUGUGUGUGUGUGUGUGUGUGUGUGUGAAGUUCAUUUCUUUACUUUAUCAUAAUAUCCUGUUGAUUUUCUUCCAGUUUUGGACAAUAAAAAUUGUUUUACUUAA